AUGGCGCCGUUAUUUACCACCAAAGAAGUUCCUAUGUCCGAAAAGGAAAAUUCGCAAUAUGUUCGCAGCCAGGAAUAUACGUCCGGGAAGAUCCAACCCGCUUUACCGGCAUCAACUCUGCUAUGCUUCGGUGACGGCGGGCCAGACACGGAGCAGAGCAUUGAAAUUACCUCUCAUGAUUUCAAAGAAGGCGAUUUUGUCUGUCCUGGCUUCUUUGAAAUGGUCAACCCAGACUGCUUCGUGCAUCGGUUUCUCACUCAAGACUGGAAUUAUCACAUGAGGAGAGUGGCUCAACCGAUCUUGCCCUUCCUCUACCUAGGCCCAAUGGCAUGUCUACGGGAUAGAGAGUACCUCCGGAGAGAAGGAUUCACACUGCUCCUGGCGAUUCGAAAUCAGCGAUCGGCUCAAGCACGUCUCGUAUCCGGUGACAAGGCAGCUUCAGAACUGGAUAUUGAAGCCGAUUCUGUCGAUGUCUCCGGCAACCAAGAGCUGAUAACCGCCUUCCCUCGCGCAAUUCGACGUAUUAAUGACCACAUUGCUAGCCAGGGCCGGGGCGGAUUCGGAUCACCUAUCCAGAGGAAGGUUCUGGUGUUUUGUGAGUCUGGCAACGAGCGUUCAGCCGCGGUGCUGAUAACGUAUAUGAUGGUCAUGUUCAAUUUGGAUGCAAUGACUGCGCUUAAGACCCUGCAAAACCGGCGCUUUUGUGUCAGUAUCGAGGAUGAUUUGAGUCAGCUACUGAUGAGCUUCGAAUCGAUUCUCGAGGCUAAACGGGACGUGGAAAGGGUUAGGCGUGUAUCCAUUGCGGACUCAGACCUUGCUCCUCCUCCAGUAUCAGCUCCAAAGAAAAGAAAUUUUGAUUCUCAUGUCGAUGAAGAAAUAGAAGGCGGUUCCAUGGAUGUGGAUGAGAGCGAAGAAUUGGAUACUAGGAAGCCAUCGGCUCCAUUCCAGGACCGCACAUAA